GCAGGGCGUGAAGGAGUUCAAGUGCGAGGUGUGCGGGCGGGAGUUCACCCUUCAGGCCAACAUGAAGCGGCACAUGCUGAUCCACACGAGCGUCCGUCCCUACCAGUGCCACAUCUGCUUCAAGACCUUUGUGCAGAAGCAGACGCUCAAGACCCACAUGAUUGUGCACUCACCAGUGAAGCCAUUCAAAUGCAAGGUCUGCGGGAAAUCCUUCAACCGCAUGUACAACCUGCUGGGCCACAUGCACCUGCACGCGGGGAGCAAGCCCUUCAAGUGUCCCUACUGCUCCAGCAAGUUCAACUUGAAGGGCAACCUCAGCCGGCACAUGAAGGUCAAGCACGGGGUGAUGGACAUCAGCCUGGACAGCCAAGAUCCCAUGAUGGACCUGGCUGGGGCUGACCACGCCGAGCUGGAUGGGCAGCAGGAGAUGGAUGACUUCGAGGAGGAGAACUCUUACAGCUACAGGGGGGUGGGCAACCCUCCAGAUGAGCACGCGCUGGCCGAGCAGGCCAUGAAGGAGAUGGCCUACUACAACAUGUUGUAGCCGAGGCUGG